AUGUGGUCUUCGCAAUCCGAUCUGGAAGGCCUUGCCCUUCGCCCAUUCGACUUUGAAUUCCUACUUCAUGGUCAUGGUCGUCUUCUGAGCCCAGUCACGAGUUCUUCGCCACCGUAUCCUCGUGCUACCUUGAACGAGCAUGAAUGCAACAUUCUAGCCCCUAAUAGCAUGUGGUGGCCGAUGCUGACAUGUGUGCCAUUCUCCGAGUAUCGAUACCUCCGUGAGAUGGUGUGGGUUGGUCGGCAGAGUGGAGAUGUUGAGGCGGACCAAGGCGGGGCCAUCACUCUCAUGGAGAGACCUCGCAGAAGAAGGCGCGCAAGAUAUCGAUCUAGUUUCGGGAAGAGUAUUGUAGGAGGUGCCACCCGAGGAACGGAAGUGAUACAAGCCCACCAUUCAUCCAGGAACUUACCUCGAUGGUGUGUUUUGAACACCGGGCCCUCCGUUCCCCCACAUAAGGCAUAUACGCCAGCUGCUGCAGCUGCUUUGGAACUCCCACCUCAGCCUUGUCGCCCUUUGAAGCACACCAGCGAUCAUGACGAGUACCGAACACCUCGACCUAUAAACGCUUGCUUGUUCGACGUAUUCGUUACCAUCCUCAACUGGCACAGCACAGUCACUUGUCAAGUAGCCCGCCUUAGCAAGGGGCUGAUUCUCGAAGGAACUCUGCCUACAAACCUAACCGACAACCCCUUAAAAGCGUAUCAGGACACUAUCCCUGACCUGGAAAAACUCAAAUGCCACGUCUACAUCCUUGUUUUAUCUAACGGAAACCUUAAUUUACUUCUCGAUCUAGUAAUUGAGCCACCGCACUACGCUGCAUCAGACCUUCCCCAAUUAACACUACAGGCAAAGAACCAAGGUGUUCCCUGGGAUGGUAUUUUCUCGUCCGAAAUGUUCAUUUCGUGCAAGCCCAAGAACAAGGAGGUCUAUGAAUCCGCAGCAUACCACCUUUCUUUACCUUCUCACAAGAUCGCAACGGUUGCUGCGGACAAUUUCGACCUCCUUGUUGCUGCCAGCGUCGGGUUCCAGACGAUAUAUGUACCCCCGCGCGAGGUGAGGGAGGGUAUGCGUAGCAAGAAGGACAACGGUGAGGUGAAUCUUGUCGUUAGAUUUUCAAGAGCUGGCGAGGCUGAUACGUGA